AUGAUCUGUAAAGCUUGUAAGCAGUUUGGGCAUGACUGUUCUAGGCCUGUAGGGAGAAGAACUAAACAGAUAUGGAGAAUUAAGGAAAAAAGAUCUGUUGUGGUUGAGUCUGUUGAGACGCUGGUUGACAAAGGAAAAGGGAUACUAAUUGAUCAGACUCAGGUCAUAACUGAGGAGAUUGGUUGUUCUAAUGCUGGGGAGUUGUUUUCUCCACCAAUCACUCAUUGUGCUCUACCAUCAACAGAGGUUUUCAAUGCUGCGGUAAAUGGGAGUAGGCCAAAGAUUGUGCAGGUUUCACCUCCACCAAUAUUGCAGAAUUCGUUUGCUGCUAUUUAUGCAAAGCCGCCAGUACUAAUCAACCCAGUUCCUCUCAGGGCUGGACGUGAAGGACUGAGAAGUGGGAAGGGAGCUGCGAAGGCAGCUUACCCUUCAAAAUGA